GCAGCACGUCUAUGGCUAAAACAACUCGCCACGUGUAGAAUGAAGAUGAAUCGUGGCAGACGCCAGCAGCUGGCGUUGCUGCUGCUGCUGUUUGUGCUGCCCGGCGGCAUUUUGGCCAAAUCCAAGAAGAACAAAUCCAAUCAGAACUCACACUAUAGCGAUGCCAGCAACUCGGCCAACAGCGCUGCCAGCGACGACAACAACGGCAGCGGACUCAAGCUCAAGGGCCACGGCGAUGUCGGCCAACAUUUCGCCAUGGAGCCGCAGGAUCAAACGGCAGUCGUCGGCUCUCGUGUCACGCUGCCGUGCCGCGUGAUGCAAAAGGUCGGCGCACUGCAGUGGACCAAGGAUGACUUCGGGCUGGGCCAGCAUCGCAAUCUGAGCGGCUUCGAGCGCUACUCGAUGGUGGGCAGCGACGAGGAGGGCGACUUCUCGCUGGACAUCUAUCCGCUGAUGCUGGACGACGAUGCCAAGUACCAGUGCCAGGUGGGACCCGGACCGCAUGGCGAGCAGGGCAUACGUUCGCGCUUCGCCAAUCUGACGGUGCUCGUGCCGCCGGAGGCACCGAAAAUCCUGCAGGGCGACUAUCUGGUCACCACGGAGGAUCGCGAAAUCGAGCUCGAGUGCGUCUCGGUGGGCGGCAAGCCGGCGGCCGAAAUAACGUGGAUCGAUGGCCUGGGCAACGUCCUCACGGCCGAGAGCUUCUUCGAGCCGCUGGCCGAUUCCCGACGUGUCACUACCAAGUCGGUGCUCAAGCUGGCGCCCAAGAAGAAGUACCACAACACGACGAUCACGUGCCAGGCGCAGAACACCGCCGAUCGCACCUAUCGCUCGGCCAAGGUCCUGCUCGAGGUGAAGUAUGCGCCCAAGGUGUCCGUUUCGGUGGUGGGCGGCGCCUUGGCUGGCGGACGCAUACCCGAAGGAGCUGAGGUCAUACUCAGCUGUCAGGCGGAUGCCAAUCCGCCGGAGGUCAGCUAUCGUUGGUUCAUCAAUGAUGAGCUCGUGCCUGGGGACUUUACAACGAAAAUGAUCAUACACAAUGUGACACGUAAAUAUCACGAUGCCAUUGUCAAGUGCGAAGUGGUCAACGCCGUAGGCAAGAGCGAGGAGAGCGAAACACUGGACAUCAGCUUUGGACCCGUCUUUCGCCAGCGUCCGGUCAGCAAGGAGGCGGAUCUGGGCGCCACUGUGACCAUGCGCUGCGAGGUGGUGGGCAAUCCGACGCCCGAAAUCGAAUGGAUCAAUGAGAACUCGGAUCAGAUUGUGGGACGAUCGCCGGAGCUGAAGCUCAAGGUGAGCAGCGAGACAGCCGGACGCUAUUUCUGCAAGGCCGUCGUCAAUGGCUUUCCGGAAAUCGGCGCCGAGGCGACGGUCUAUGUGAAGCGGGCGCCGAUCAUCACCUCGCACAAGGUGCAAUACGGCGCCAUCGGCAGCCGGACGAAAAUCGACUGCCUGGCCUUCAGCAUACCGAAGGCGGAGCACAUCCUGUGGUCCUUCGAGGGCAAGGUGAUCAACAUGAGCAGCGCCGAUCCCGACAUCUACAUAUUCGAGGAGCAUCACCUGCAGGAGGGCGUCCGCGCAGCGCUCAUCAUCAAGGAGAGCCGCUUCUCGCACUACGGCAAAUACAACUGCACGGUGAUCAAUUCGUACGGCGGAGACUCGCUGGUGAUCAAUCUGGUGCCCGAGCAGGACAGCCUAUCCAUAUCGCUGGUGCUCAUAGGGCCGAUGGCCCUGAUCCUGGUGAUUGUGUCCAUCAUCGUCAUGAUGAUUGUCUGUCGCAAGCGGCGCAGUCGAAAGAAACCGAUGCCGGCCGAUGUCAUUCCGGAGGCAUCGCGUGGCGGCGACAAGCUGACCGAGCUGAAGAGCGAGCUGCGCGCCAAGGCCUACGACGUGGAGUACUCGGAGGCGGGCAACGAGCCGCUGGCCAUCAAUCUGACCCAGACGCCAAUGCCCGAUGUCCAGAUGAAGGGCGCCACCUUGGGCGUGCCGCUGGCCGGGCCCGUUAAGUUCGACGAGCGCUUCUCGGGCGACUACGGGCAUCGCUACAGUCGCCAGUGCCACGCGAAGAACUUCAAGGGCCAGAACCAGAGCCAGAGCCAGAACCAGGAGCAGGCCUACAAGGAGACCGCGAGCAACGGCUAUGCGCCCAACUUUGAGUACGCCCUCGACUACAGUCCGCCCGCUGAGAGCGGCAAGUCGAAGGGCGCGGCGAGUGGCAUCAACUCGGCCACUCUGCCGCACUAUGCGGCCAAUGCGGCGGCCACUACGGCCACAUCCGCCGGAGGCGUCACCGCGCCCAUCGCCAGUGGCGCCAGCUUGCCGCGCAAUCAGCGCCACGAGCUGCACCACCAUCAGCACCACCAGCAACAGCAGCAGCCACAGACCUCCCAGGCUAACGGAUUUCUGGGCCAACCGCUGCUGCAGAAUGGCAUCGACAGUCGCUUCAGCGCCAUCUACGGCAAUCCCUAUUUGCGAACAAACUCAUCGAUAUUGCCGCCGCUGCCACCGCCGAGCACCGCCAAUCCGGCGGCCACGCCCGCCCCACCGCCCUACCAUGCCGCCCGGCAUGCCAACAGCAACGGCGGCCUGAAGCACUUUGGCAGCGGCAUCGGCUACGGCACAGCCGGCGGCAUCGGCGGCACCGCCGGCACGGCUGGCGGCGGACCGGGCAGCGUGAGCGGCAGCAGCUCCAACUUGACGGCCAGCAGCAAUACGCUGGCGGCCACGCCUCUCACACAGCCCUCGCUAUGCGGGACGCUGGGCGUGGGCGUGGGUGUGGCCGCCGGCGUAAUGCAGAGCGCACAAAGUCCCUCCGGGCAGUUCAUACUGCCCACCAAUGGCAAGGGCGUCACACAGAAGGGGCCGCUGGCCACGCAUGUCUAAGCGGCUGAUGGCGGUACGGAAUCGGAGGUGGAACCGGAACUGAAAUCGGAGCUGGAGUCAGAGCUGUACACGGAGCUAGAGCCGGAUCUGUAAUUGGUGUCGCAACUCAAACUGGCAUCGGAACUAAAACUGAAAACGGAACUGGAACUGAAACUG